AUGUGUCAACUAAAUUCCACUUUAGUCAGUCAGGUUUUUGUUAGACUGAGAAACCUAAAACUUUUUACCAAAUUGAUUUAUGAAGAGAAUCAGGUUUUUGUUAGACUGAGAAACCUAAAACUUUUUACCAAAUUGAUUUAUGAAGAGAAUCAGGUUUUUGUUAGACUGAGAAACCUAAAACUUUUUACCAAAUUGAUUUAUGAAGAGAAUCAGGUUUUUGUUAGACUGAGAAACCUAAAACUUUUUACCAAAUUGAUUUAUGAAGAGAAUCAGGUUUUUGUUAGACUGAGAAACCUAAAACUUUUUACCAAAUUGAUUUAUGAAGAGAAUCAGGUUUUUGUUAGACUGAGAAACCUAAAACUUUUUACCAAAUUGAUUUAUGAAGAGAAUCAGGUUUUUGUUAGACUGAGAAACCUAAAACUUUUUACCAAAUUGAUUUAUGAAGAGAAGUUUUUGUUAGACUGA